AUGGCUGGAAAUGGCCCAAAGAUCCAGCUGAAUGUCGAUUUGGAUGACAUUUUGAACACGACACUUGGGUUAAUUGUCAAUGUUAAUGACAAUGUUGGCACAAUAGCCGGUGCUGUAGAGUAUUACAUGAAAGAACCUCUUAAUGGUGUAAGUUAUGCUUCACAACUUUAAACUUUGCUCUUCCCUAGCCCAGAGCCCUAGCCCAGAGCCCUAGCCUAGAGCCCUAGCCCAGAGCCCUAUCCCAGAGCUCUAGCCCAGAGCCCUAGCCCAGAGCCCUAGCCCAGAGCCCUAGCCUAGAGCCCUAGCCCAGAGUUUUAGCCCAGAUGCCUACCCCAGAGUCAUUGCCCAGAGGUUUAGUUCAGAGCCCUAGGCCAUUGCCCUAGUCCUAGCCCCGGGUUCCUAGUCAGAGUCCUAGAUUUAGCUCUAGUUUCAGACUUACCCCUAGCCUCUAGCCCCUCGUUUUAGCCUUAGGCCCUAGCCCCUAGUCAUAACCCUAGCGCUACCCUUAAAACUAGUCAUAGUCCUAGCUCUUGCUCUAGUCUCGUCAUCAAAACCUCAAUUUUUAGACAGUCCACGACGUCGCUAAGAUAGUGAACAAUAUCCAAACUAUUACUCAAAAUAUGGCCGCUUCUUCAAACACCUUUUAUCAACCACUACUGCUAAUAUUAGCUUUGAUAAUAGUAGUACUACUACUAUUAUCCAUUUGCUUGUUUUGUAUGCUACGUACUCGCCGAGAGUACAAAAAGCAUCCUAUUCGUUUUAGGCUUAGAAAGAAGAAACAAGGAAGACCGGCUCCGAGAGUACCUGAACAUACUUCUACAGAGACUAUUGAUGACGUACCGCCUGGAUACAGUGCAAAGCCUAAGAAAAAGGAUGACACUUUGGUGUAG